GUGAGUCCUUCACCGUUGCCAUGGACAGGAGCUUGUACGAGAGAAACAUAAACGGCGUAAAAUUACACGGGGAAACGAAGAAGAUAACAAACGAUGAAAACCGAUAAACAGGAACACGAGCAAAUGUGCGGAAAUCCAGAGCUGCCACAUACAGCGAAUGAAAGCGAAAAAAUAAAGUUAGUGAGCUUCUUUGAUAGUUUAAAAGUGAGUUCAGCGGAUGUGGAACAAAACCACACGGACCUCGAAGAGGAGCAGCCCGGGAAUGAUGACAUUUACGAACUCCCCACACUUUUUAGCUUAAUUGUACAGAGAUAUGAAGGGGAAACCUGGAAAGGCCAGUUUCAUGGAGAAGGGGUUGCUUGUUUUGAAGGAGGCCAAACAUACAAGGGGAUGUUUUCCAAGGGACUUAUGGAUGGAUGUGGUGUCUUCACACUGGCAUGCGGAUUGAAAUAUGAGGGAGAAUUUGUGUGCAACAUGCCCAUGGGCCUGGGUACCUACACCUGGCCGGAUGGCAGCUCCUAUAAGGGGGAAGUGUACAAUGGUAUACGACAUGGGACUGGAACCUACAAAUGUGCAAAGAAUGGUGUGUCAUACACAGGGCAGUGGGAUCAGGGCAAGAGGCAGGGAAAGGGUGAAGUGUAUUAUGACCACGAUAAGACCUCUUGGUACAAAGGAGAUUGGGUGAAGAACAACAGAGAGGGAUGGGGAGUGAGACGCUACCCCUCUGGUAACAUGUAUUCUGGUGAGUGGAAGAACAACCUGAGACAUGGAGAGGGCACGAUGAGGUGGCUGAAACUUGGACAGCAGUAUGUUGGGAUGUGGCAGAAUGGAGUCCAGCAUGGAGGAGGCACACACACCUGGAUCCCGAGGCCAGCGGAUGGAUCCCUGUAUUCCCAGAGCAAUCAGUACACAGGGGAUUUCGUUCAUGGUCAGAGGCACGGACAGGGGACCUUUUACUACGCUGGUGGUGCGAUCUAUGAAAACGGAUGGAGGAAGAAUAAAAAACAUGGGAAGGGAAAAUUCACUUUUGAGGAUGGACAUGUUUUUGAAGGAGAGUUUGUGGACGAUCUGAUUAUGAGGCACAACCUGAAUGGAAACAAAGCUCCCACUCCUCUGUCUGAACCAGGCAUCUCUUUGGACAUUGAAUGUGUUUUGGAGAAAAUCCCUGAGAGAAAGCGUGACACUGAGCGUAAACAGGUGGAGUUUGAGGUGCUGAAGCAGGACAGUGAGCUGAGGUCCAUUUAUGGUUUCUACAAAAGACUUGGCCAUGCCCACUCCUCAAAUAACAUCUUCCAGCUGUCCCGCCUGCAGCUCUGGCGCCUUCUCAAAGACUGUAACAUCCACCAUUACGACAUCACUCUGACACAGAUAGACCAUAUGAUCAGAGAGGAUGCCACAACAGCAGAGAUCCACUCUCCUUUCACUCCCAUGCUUCUGCAUAGGCUCAUCAGCUGUCUAGUGGUUGUGGCCUACCACAUUUACCAUAAGGACAUGAUGUCACAAAACAACCUUCUGGCUGCCUGCUUUUCCAAACUGAUGACAGACAACAUCCUUCCUAAUGCUAAGAAUGUAAAAGGCUUCCUGUUUAGGCAGCCAGACUGUGCAGUUGUGGCUGUGAACUACUUAAAGAAGAGCUAUGAAGUCUAUCAGGCUAACUGCAAAGUCAAUGCAGCCCCCAGAGAGGACCAGACCAUGACCUGCCGACACCUGCUGUGGAUGUUCAGGGAUCUCCAUCUGCUGGACAAUAACCUGACCACAGCGAGAUUGCUGCAGGUCAUCACUGCAGAGAGCCGUGACCACAGAAACCUGUCCUCCUGUCUGGAUCUGGAGAUUACAUUCCUGGAGUUUUUUGAGGUACUGCUGGGCUCUGCUGAGGUGAAGUGUCAGCCUGUUUCUGAAGACGUAGAGGUGAAGUGUCAGACUGUUUCUGAAGACGUAGAGGUGAAGUGUCAGCCUGUUUCUGAAGACCUGGAGGUGAAGUGUCAGCCUGUUUCUGAAGACCUGGAGGUGAAGGGUCAGCCUGUUUCUGAAGACCUGGAGGUGAAGUGUCAGCCUGUUUCUGAAGACCUGGAGGUGAAGUGUCAGCCUGUUUCUGAAGACCUGGAGGUGAAGGGUCUGCCUGUUUCUGAAGACCUGGAGGUGAAGGGUCAGCUGGUUUCUGAAGGCCUGGAGGUGAAGGGUCAGCCUGUUUCUGAAGGCCUGGAGGAGGGCCAGUCACCGUCCAGCCCUGACACUGAGGCCAGGAGGGAUCUCCCUGAGGUGGAGGCCAGCGAGAACAUCUUCCAGACUCCAAACAGCCCUUCCCAGUCGGUGGCAGCUUCAGUGAAUUCCCCCAUCACUCCUGAAAUCUCCAGCUCCAAGUCAAUGGAGACAAGUGACAAAGCAGGACUAUCCACUGCUCAAGAAGUGGAGAGUGAACAAGACAAGACUAAAAUCAACGAGAAACCUCAGGCAGCAGUUAAGUCCAGUCAUGGUGGUGGUGAUGAGGAAAAUGAUGAAGAAGAGGACAGGCAGGAGGAGUAUGAAGCAGGAGGAACCAGCAAAGAUACAGUGAAAGAGCACACAGGUGAAGGCAAGAGUGUGCUAACCAGAGGAAUGGAGGCUAAAGACUGGGACAUGGAGCUCUGGAACCAGACGAUCCAUCAAUUCUUUAACCACUUUUUCUUCCCGGCUUUUGAACAUAACCGGUUAGUGUCCAAAAACAGUAAAGAGGAAAAGCUCCACCAGGAGGCCCAGAGACGAAUCGCUCUGGCCAAGGCCCAACAAAGAACCAGCCAAUAGUACAGAUGUAGCCAUUCCCAGCUAAAAUUGAUCUCUUUUUGUUGGGUCAGUUUGCAGUAUGAAUGGAGUCAAUGUUUUAGUUAUAUGUACUGUAUUAUUACUCAUAGGAUUUAACCAGAUACAACAGCAGUGGUGGCACUCAAUUUAAGAUUCAUUUAUAGUAUGUAUUGUGAGUUUAUAGUGUUGAAAUUGUCAGAGGACUCCAUUGUAGGGGCUGAAAGAUUUGACUGACCAGUUUUGAAAUGAGAAAUUAAAGCCAAGCAUCUACAUAAA